AUGACGUUGUGUGAUGAAGAACCUCUUGUCCUGCCGGAUGAACCAAGAUUCAAGGUUUUUGAGGAAAGCGCAAUAAGCCUCUUGGGGCGACUUUUAAACCCGGAUUGUCAGCCAAUGGACAAGAUGAUCAUGGAUAUGCCUCGAAUCUGGAGGGUGUAUGACAAGGUUAGAGGUAUUGCGCUGUCUCGAGACAAAUUCCAAUUCAUAUUCCAGCGUGAGGAGGAUUUGCUUACAGUCCUGAAAGAUCGGCCGUGGUCAUACAAUCAUUGGACGAUGCUUCUGGAAUGGUGGACACCGUCUCCCCCGAGAGAUUUUCUAACCAUGGUGGAUGUCUGGAUCCAAAUUAGCAAAAUCCCGGUAAACUAUUACAAGUUGGAAACUAUGGAUUUUCUAGCUGAUAAAGUUGGGAAAGUUAUUGAGAUUGCUUACGAUCCCAAGGCUUCCCAGAAGGAGGCGUUCAUCAGAGCUCAUGUGAGAUUGGAUAUUGCCAAUCCGGCGAUAUGUGAGAAGGUCUUGACCCUGCCGACAGGAGAGCAAGUUCUGAUUGAAUAUGCCUAUGAGAAACUGAGGAAACGCUGCUUCCACUGCCAGAGACUGACUCAUGAGAGACCAGCUUGUCCUUGGACGAGAAAGAAGGCUCCUCCCUCAAAGCCGAGACCUCUCAUUGAGGCUAAAACCAAUACUACUGAGGCUUUCGUGGUCCAUGCCCAGUCAUCUACGGGUGUUGCUCCUUCGGCCUUGGAGUCCGAUCUUGACACGACAUCGGUGAAAAUGCCUAAGCUUACUACUGAUCUGCAAAAGGAUAAAGGUCACGUUUUUGGGUUUGAAGAUCAUCAUCGUGCUGCGAAAAAACGGAACCUAUUCAUGGAUAGGUCCGUGGUUUCAGAAACGGUUUUCAAUGAUCAAGAGGGGUCUUCUUCCUCAUCUCCUUUGGGUCCAACGGUUUUUCGAAUGGGCUCUUCUUCGGAAACCCUUCCUUCCGGUACCAGGAUUGAUGGGAAAAAACCCGGAGUCAUAGAUCCCUGCUAA